AUGGCGAAUCCCGGGAGACUACCUUUCGAUCAGAGCUUGUUCGUCGCGACACCCAACGCGAUUUAUUUGAGAUCGCAGCUCGCCCGGAAGAAGCUGUUCGAGUGCGAGACCGCUAACGGCAUAGUCAACGCUCGUGCCUCGAAAGACAACAGUAGCCUCUUCGCUAUAGCAGACAGCCAGGUCGUGAUACUACAUGACGCCACUCGAAGCAGAGACAGGAAAUACAAACUGAAGAACGGCGAUGGCGAGCCACGUCUUCUUCUGUUUUCACCCGACUCGCGCAUCCUCUACUUCACCACAACACUGAGCAACUCGGUUCAAGCAUACUCCAUACCCAACGACGAGCUUCUACCUUCCCUGCCAUCACAUCCGUCUCCGCCAAACGCGAUCGCAAUAUCCAGUAAUGGCACCGUCCUCCUUUCAGCCUCUCCGAGCCCACCAACUAUUUACCUCCAAGACCAACGAUGGGGACGCAGCGCAGCGGUGAACUUUCGCCCGACAGACGCUCGUUCGGCUGUUACGUGUGCCGCGUUCCAACAGCCAGAUGGUCCUGCGCAGCUGUCGUAUACCAACUUCGUUAUUGGAUUCCAAGACGGGCUACUAGCAAUGUACCGCCUCUUCCUACCUUCACUGCGAAAACGUUCCGAAGACUCGCGUGCACAUCAACCGCAAUUCUUCCAGUUACAGCCCGUUCGAGUCGGUGUCAUCAAAAAGCUUCAUAAGCCGGCCAUGGGCGGUAUGCUAGCAGCGGAAUUUCUACCAGGCUACAAGUCGCGGGUUGUUAGCAUUAGGCAUGAUGGGAAAUGCCGACUUGUCGACUUUGAGGGAGGUGGGAAGAUACUGCGGACAUAG